CCGCGGAGUGCGCAGCAGGUGCUGGCGGCGGCGCGAGACGGGCAGCGCCUGAGGACAGAUUCUGCAUCCCACAUGAACUACGAAAAUCCUCCACCUUACCCCGGCCCGGGCCCGACUGCCCCUUACCCACCCUAUGCACAGCAACCGGGUGGUGCUCCUGGCCCGUACCCAGGCUAUCCUCCUGGACCUACUGGGCCGUACCAGCCAGGCCAGCCAGGUUAUCAAGGUUAUCCCCAGUAUGGAUGGCAAAAUGCACCUCCGCCUCCAGGACCAGUGUAUGCAGAUGGGCCUAAAAACACAGUGUACGUCGUGGAGGAGCGGCGGAGGGACGACACGGGCGAGAGCGCCUGCCUGACGGCGUGCUGGACCGCGCUCUGCUGUUGCUGCCUCUGGGACAUGCUGACCUGACUCCGCUGCAGCUGCCUCCCGUACCUCUCACUGAGUGCUAUGCAGGCUCCCCACUCCUGUCCUGACUUCUUUCUGUUACUGUAAUCAACGCUCUGCUUUGCACAGCCAAGAGUUCCCCUCUGUCAGUCCUAGCGCCUUGUUGGGGUGGGGGGUGCACUCCUUUAUUUUAGUAAAGGAAAAAUCCCUUUUUAACAUUUCUAAGACUUUUGUUGUAACUUUGAAGAAUGUGCUAAUGGUAUAUUUCAGCCAAAGGCAUUCUGAUGAAAUGUAUAUUUAUCAGUUGAAAUUUUCCUAGUCCUAGAAAUGAAGACGUACGCAAUAAUUAAAGCCAACAGUUGAUUUUCUUUGCUAGGUCCCGACUGUUUCAAUAAAUCUGUCCCGUAGA